CCAAAACAGAAAUGAGCAAGAAAUUACUGAAUGAAAUGAAAUAGUAAAUUCUAAGUAUAGUAAAACAUGAUUAACAAUUGACGAGUCAGAUGAUUUGUUGUAGAGAAUCUUCAUGAAUGUUUACUAGAUUCUCGAUCCAUGAUCAAUAGAGGUCGGUUUCAUUGCUGGUUUCCAGGUAACAUAGUUUGAAUUGAUUCUCAUUCUAGGAAAAAGGUAAAAGUAGAGGUAAAUUACAUGAUAAUGAUGGUAACCAAUAGAUCCUGGAGCAUAACAAUCGAAACAAACAUUGAACUUGUGAUAUAAAAUUCGUUCUCAUUGUAAUCAAUUUACAUAAUUCAAAUGUGUGAUAUAAUUUAAUUUCAAACUAGUUUCUUUUAAUAACUUCUCAAUUUUACCCAAUUUUCACCAAACUCAUCUUAUCGACAUUUACUUGGGAAAUAUUUUAUAUUUUAAGUGACCAGUGCUUCAACCAUGACCAAUGUUUCUCGAUGUAAAGCAAUUGUUGUUGGUGAUAAAGCCGUUGGUAAAACAGCGAUUCUCAAUUGUCUUCUUGGUUAUCCAGUUCCUUUCAGCAAACGAUACAACAUGACCAAAGGAGUCAACAUUGUUUCAAAGUCGAUUAAAUUGGUUGAAUCGCGAGAAGAAUUGUGUACAAUUGAUAUUUACUUUUACGACUUUUCUGGUCGCUCCAUUUAUUCCGACCUGGUUCGAUCUUUGUGGGCCAACAAUGUUUCACUAGUUAUCGGUGUGUUUGAUGUAACUCGAGAAGAAUCCUUUUACCAUUUACAAUCAAUCCUCUCUGAUUAUUUGAGAAAAUUUGAUAAACAUUUAGACAAUCCGUCAACAUCAACUCACAACAACAACAUUACCAAUACAUUGGGCAUUGUUGGUGUCAUUUUGGGCAAUAAAACUGAUUUAACUGAGCAAAGAGCAGUCGAUGAGGAAGAAGCUCGCCAAUGGGCCAAACAUUUACGAAUGAGAUAUUUUGAUGUUAGCGCCAAGGAUAAUAUUGCAAUUGAAGAAUCGUUUAAUCAUUUGGUUAGAACCUGGUUUGAUUCUAAUCGUUCAAAUUGAAGGUUAUCAACUUCACCCAACUAUAACCAUUGUCCAUUAUCAUUACCAACUCAUUGUAUUGACCUUUAGUUAUUUAUGUCUAUGAAUAAUAACUGUGUUCAUCUAUUUAUUUAUCAACA